CCUGUCGAGUACCAGACCGUGCAGAGACUCAUUCCUGCCUUGUGGAAGAAGCACAGUCCCCAACUGGUGGUUCACGUGGGCGUGUCGGGCAUGGCCACCACCGUCACCCUGGAGAAGUGUGGCCACAACGUGGGCUACAAAGGGCUGGACAACUGUCGCUUCUGCCCGGGCUCGCAGUGCUGCGUGGAGGGGGGCCCCGAGUGCAUCGACUCCAUCAUCGACAUGGACGCCGUGUGCAGGCGGGUCUCGGCGCUGGGGCUGGACGUCACCGUCACCAUCUCCAAGGACGCUGGCAGGUGA